UGCGACCAUGCCGUCAUGCGAUCUUGCGAUCAUACACCUUCCAACCGCUGCGACGGCAACACGAGCUGACGGAAUGUGGCUGGUGCAGAUACUGUACUUGGUGGGCUCGUUGACGGUCUUUGCUGGUCUGCUGCUGGGCUACUGCGGAGAAAGUGUCAAUGGAGAGUUCUACGGCAAUGCGAGUGCGAAGCUGCUGCGCUUCCGAGACUUUGAGCCCCGCCAGCAAGGACGACACUUGGACGAGGCCUUCGCGGAGGAGAUGGAUGCGGAGAUGGACAUGGGGAUGGGCCUGCCUGGCGUGGGCCGGGAGGGACGUGGCUUCCACUUUCAUGCCAGCGGCGAGGAUGUCAGCGUCGAGUUGGAGUUCAUCGUGCCAUUCCUGAAGGUGCCGGUGAAGCGCAGCAUGGGCCUGGCCCGCGACGCCGUGCAGAACCUCCUGAACCUGCGCACGGGAACGCUGCUCAACACGGCGGUUGUGGUGGCUGCGGGAGCUGUCAUUGCAGCCGUGGUGCGCCUUCUCCUGGCUCCGCUGGUGAUCACGUCGCUGGGCAACGGACACGGAUACGGCUACAGAUCGGAUACCGCCAGAGGCAUGCGCAGCCUAACGGACGCUGUGGAGUCCCACCUGGAGGAGCACAACAUGGACGUGUCCGCCUGUGCCCAGCGCUACAUCUGCCAGUACCUGCAGCACAAUGUCUCCCCGAGCUAUGCGCGGGCUCUCCACGUGGUCGCCAGUUUGUGUGACAAGCAGAAGAUCGGGAGCUCGACCGAGGGCAGGCCCAAUUAUCGUAGCCAAGAGGCAGCCAAGCGGCACUCGCCGGAGCAAGCACAAGACAACCCACCCACAUGUGAUCCACCGAACCAGAGCCACCCACGGGUCUGCUGCAGCUCAAAAUAUGCGAAAUAUGGGAAUUGGAUUCCAAAUGCCUGCCAACCUCGCAGUCGAACGGAGCGCCCAGCGGAAACAAUGAAGCUGCUGCACAUCCUCUGCGCUCUCCUGACCAACUGUGCCCUGAUCUGGGCUGCCAGUGAGGAAGUGGGAGUGGGAGUGGGGGCGGGAGCGGAAGAGGAGCCGAAGGGAUCCGCCUCGAGUGAACAUGGACGGGACUCGAGGCUCCCAGAGCAGAAUCAGCAUAAUCCGCAUAGCCAGCAUAAUCCGCACAAUCAGCAUAGUCCCGGAUUCAAGCUGAUUUCCUUCGACGCUGUGGGCAAGAACAUUGCCUUGGGACUGGACUACCUGGUGCCCUUCCUGGAGGUGCCCGUCAAGCGGAAGCGCAAUGCACCACCAAAGCCCCUGGUCAUCAUCAAUUCCGCGGCCGUGCUCAGCUGCGGACUCGUGGCAGCCGGGGGACUCCUCGUUGGACACCUGAUCCGCAGCAUGGGUCUGGAGGCCAUCACCGAGGAUGAGCCCCCCUCGAGUGGGAGGCCAAAGUCUUCGGAGGAGGAAGCACCGGCCAUAUCCGAGGCGGGGCACAAUGCCACGGCUCGCGGUCUCUUGGACAAGGACCAGAGCUUCCUCGAGUUGUUCGAGAAUUUCAAACUCGUUUACCGCAACGAAACAGGCGAGCGAGUGGAAAGCACCCUUCCGAGUGUGAUCAGCACAGUGGAGCGAACGUACUUCAAGAACGAGGUCGAUCUCUCCGCCUGCCUGCUCAAGUCCCUCUGUACGCUGACCUUCAAGGCGAGCGACAGGGUGCGGAGGAGCCAGGCCUCCGACAUCGACCACGUGCUGGAUGCGGCCACCAACUGGACCUGGCUCCUCACCUGGUUGGAGCAGUCCACUCUUCGCGAGGCCAUUGAGGCCGGCAGGGAUCCCAGACCAUCUCACUGCGCCUCCAAGUAUCCUUACUGCAAAUGGGCGGCACCGGAGGAGCGAAUCCUGCAACUGCUGCAAAACAACGUGAUGUUCAAGUGAUCCAAAGGGGAUUCAGGCGUUGGAGAUGAAAUGAUCCAAAGUCAGAUGUGAGCUAAGGGAAAGAUCCGAUCGGAUCGGAGAUCCGUUCACUAAUUACACCCUAAUAAAUACUCGUGAAU